AUUGCCUUUUGUUUUGUUUUGUUUACAACACAUUGUUAUUGACUACUUCCUUCCAAAUGGAUAUCCUAAAAGCAGAAAUAGCUCGAAAACGAAAGCUGUUGGAGCAGAAACAGCUGGUGGACGAAAAGAAGAAGUACUUCAGACGCGGCGACCUAAACGCCAAGGACACGGAGGAGGUGCUGCAGAAGGUCGGCUACAAAAAGCAGGAGUCUGUGGAAGCCCAAGGACAGUCCACCGAGGGAGCAUACAGUUUCGUGGCCGAUGGCCAGAACAUCCUGCCGCGAACAGAGGUCAUUCGACGUCUGAGGGAGCGAGGCGAACCUAUUUUAAUUUUCGGCGAAACGGAGCCAGAGGCCUUUGACAGAUUGCGUCAGUGCGAAAUUUCACAACCGGAAGCGAACCGAGGAUUUCGAAACGAUUUCCAAGAGGCCAUGGAACAGGUCGACGCCGCAUACCUGCAAGAGAUGUUCGCCAACGCCCCUACAGCUAAAGAAGACAAAAAGUCAGACUUCGCCGAGCUGGACGAGUCCGUGUCGUGGGAAAGUAUCCAAGCCAUGGCUCAAAAAAUGGGCCGAAACAAGGACUACGACAUGGACGUGAUCAUUACUUUGCUCACCUUUCUUUUGAAGCUGUGGAACGAUCAGAUUGCCAACUACAGUAAGCACGAAAAGAUGUCCACGAAAGUGAAAAUGACUAGGGUAAUUUACACGCAAACCAAGGAGUACGUGAAGCCUCUUUUUCGUAAACUAAAGCAUCAUACCCUGCCUGAGGACAUUUUGGACAGUCUGAGGGACAUCUGCAAGCAUCUACUCAACCGCAACUACAUCACCGCCAGUGACGCUUAUCUGGAGAUGGCUAUCGGCAAUGCCCCAUGGCCAAUCGGUGUCACCAUGGUGGGCAUCCACGCGCGUACUGGUCGCGAAAAAAUCUUCUCAAAAAACGUGGCGCACGUAAUGAACGACGAGACGCAACGCAAGUACAUCCAGGGACUUAAACGUCUGAUGACAAAAUGCCAAGAGUAUUUCCCCACCGAUCCCUCCAAGUGCGUAGAGUAUGUCAGCAAAAAAGAUCGGGAAUAAACUCAAGCUUUAUGUUUGUCAUUAUUGUAAUAUCAA